AUGUCAGUGAACAGCGAACAGCUGAUUUUCAUACAAAUUGCCAAGUUUGCUGCUUUGCAACUUAGUUACUCUACGGAACUCUCGCAUAAUUUGCAGCAGUUGUCAGAGAAGGCACGUUCCACCACAGAAUUUAUACAGCGAUUAAAAGGCAUGAGUGACAAAGUGACGGAGUCUUGCAUGGAAUUCGAGAGACUGGUGACAGCACAAUGUGAAGCCUUAAUACAAGCAAUACACGACCGUCGUGAGUAUCUACUCGAGGCCAUACGCAUGGAUAAGGAUACAAAAAUCAGAAUAUUAAAGGAUCAACAAUCAAAUUGCACGGGCAAGUUGCAACAAACCACUGGACUAAUACAAUUCUGUAUUGAGGCGCUGAAAGAGACAGACAGUGCUGCCUUUUUACAAGUCGGCUCCAUGUUGAUUAAUCGCGUUGCCAAUACGGACAUGACCUGGCAUCAGGAAGUGACAAAUGCCGCUCCACGUGUUUCGCCAAUUGUCGACUUGACGCUAGACGAUGCUGCGCUAGUGCGUGCCAUUGAUAAUUUGAAUUUUAUACAGAUGAAAGCCGUCAAAGAUGGAGAAGAAAGAUUACCAGCAGCGCCAUUAGCGCCCACAAUUGUUCCAGAGGACUGUUCAGCGGAAAAUAAUUCGGUUACAGUGGCGUGGCAAGCACCGGCCCAUUCUUUCGUCGAUGGUUAUGUACUGGAGUUGGAUGAUGGCAGCGGUGGGGAGUUCAGGGAGGUCUAUUGCGGCAAGGAAACAAUUUGCACCGUCGACGGACUCCACUUCAAUUCAAUGUACAAUGCGCGCGUGAAGGCCUUCAACAAUGCGGGCGAGGGUGAAUACUCCGAGCUCAUUGGAUUGCAAACAGCGGAAGUUGCCUGGUUCACAUUCGAUCCGAUACUGAGUGGCGGCGCCGGCUCUGGUCUCGUUUUUACCAGCAACAAUGCCACCGUCUCGGUGGAGGGUUGGGAGCAUCGCGUAGCUUUGGGUUCAGUGGGCUUCUCGCGUGGCAUCCACUAUUGGGAAUUCACCGUGGACAAGUACACAAUGGAUACAGAUCCGGCAUUUGGUGUGGCGCGCAUCGAUGUCAAUCGCAACAAAAUGUUAGGCAAAGACGAAAAAUCCUUUGCCAUGUACAUCGAUGGCCAACGCUCGUGGUUCCAGCACAACUCUGUGCAUGAGCGACGCGUCGAAGGUGGCAUUACUACCGGCAGCACCAUUGGUGUACUGCUCGACCUGGAGCGGCAUACUUUAAGUUUCCUGGUCAAUGAAAUGCCACAAGGUUCAGUAGCAUUCCGCGAUCUCUACGGUGUCUUCUAUCCGGCAGUGAGCAUUAAUCGUGGAGUGACACUCACCUUACACACCGCUUUGGAUGCGCCCAAAAUGGAUUACUUCUGAGUAAGAAUGAAUAAGAGUCGAUGUAAGCAGAGAGAGUGAGAAGGGAGAG